AUGGACAGUCGUCUCAGAGGACAUCGUGGGUUGAUUCUGCUGAGCCUCUGGGUAAUGACCUACUUUAUGACUGCGGAGAACAUCCAGGAGAAGAUAACAACCUCGAAAAAUCGACGAUUCAUUCGGAAAAUGUUAUGGAAACUGGAAGGAUGAUGUUUGGACUUGUUGAUCUUCCUGGAGAGGAUGGGCAUCGACAGGUUAUUGUCGAAGACCUCUCAGUCACAUCAAAGCAAGAAAGAGAAAUUUCUGAAAGAAGUUUCUCAUUACUGGAAACAAUUGAAGGCAACACCCUGUCUGGACCAUUUGGUGCAGAGUUUAAUGGUUCGUGCACUACGGAAACAGCUCCUUGUGCGUUAGCUGAAUCAGGUUCCAUGAAGACCAAUGGUAGUGAUCUAUCUGUGUUUCCACAGUCGGUUCAAGAUUCUCAAGUAAUGUCCACAGUUCAAGAUUUAUGGGCCUCAUCAUUACCAUCUGAUCGAUCCUUAUACUUUGGACCUGCGAAGAUUGAAGAUUUUGGAUUGCAAGAGCAACUGGUGGAAAUUGACAAUAAUGAUGUGGGUAACGCCUGUAUUGAUUACGUGAAACUUAGACAAAUGGAAAGCUUUUCUAGAAACUAUAAGGUAACUCAUCCAUACUUUUUAUAAAAAUCAUCCAGUUUCUUUAUAUUAUUAUUUCUAAUAUAAUGGUGCUUUUGUAAGGUUCAGGACCAUGACGAGCUGAACACCCUCCAGUUGCCUGAUUUUUCACCUGGGAAGGAGAUCCAAUCGGCACAAAGAUUCAGUUUUCGGUCACCUCAACAGGUGUCAAGUAUUUCAAUUGAUCUCAUUAAUAAUACGAUUCUUGUAGUCAUCUGUUCAAAGUUUCCAUGAACGCCAAAGAAUUUAGGUGCAUAUUGGAUAGGGAUACAGGAUAAUUUUCUCUUCACGCUUGGUUUCCAGGGAACGUUUACAGGAUCCGCCACGACCAUGCAGUGCCCCCAACAGGUUGAAGUUUUUCUCUUCACCAAUUUGGAGUACUUACUUCAAACAUAUUCUUGAAUAUAUCCAGAAUUACUUUACGAUGUUAUGACAGCUGUUGCCGUCUGCUGAACAAUAUGGAAUUGAGAAUUUGAUCAACCAAUCUUUGGUUACUCAAUUGCGACAUGCACCACCCAAUAAUGCUGGCAGUUCUACUGACUCUAUGAAAGCACGUGUCCGAGCACGGCGAGGUCAGGCAACAGAUCCUCACAGCAUCGCAGAACGGGUUAGUGUAUCAAAUAAUUGCUUGAUACAGCGCCCUGUGACGCUUUCAUAGUUUGUUGGAUCUACCUUAUUUUUUAAGAAAUUUCAGUUCCCCCCUUCCCAUUUCCAAUCACUGAUUCUUCUGUGUAUCUCAUACGAACUCGAAUAAAUUACCCUUUAGAUUCAUAUAGUGUAUUCCUAAAAUGCAGCUCCGGAGGGAGAAAAUUGCAGAAAGGAUGAAGAAUCUCCAGGAACUUGUUCCUAACGCCAGUAAGGUGAUUAUAGCAAUUUCCUCUAAAUUCUAUCCGAGAUUUUCAAAUUCGGUGGGAUUAACACUGCUUUAACUAAACCUUCAUCGAUCUCAGAGAAGGUCCUGCCAUAUGAACAUGGAUCAAGCAUCACAUUCAUCCUCUAUAAGCCACCGACGGAUUAUGAAAUCCAGUGUCAUGGAAUCGUUUGGCAGUUGAGAAUUAACAUUUGCCAAAUAACAAUGUUUUUUCCAAUGUUUUGCAGACAGACAAGGCAUCGAUGCUUGAUGAGAUCAUUGACUAUGUGAAAUUUCUACAGCUUCAAGUGAAGGUGGAGAAAUUGAAGUAGCAAGUGCAGUUUCAUUUUUUCAAAAUAUUUAAAUAAUAUAAGACUUAUUAUUAUAUUUAUCUCGCAGGUUCUCAGUAUGAGCAGGUUGGGUGCUGCUGGUGGUGCUGGUGUUCCCUUGGUUACUGACAUUCCAGCCGAGGUGUGCUUUCUUCUUCAUCCUCGUUUUUCUUUUUGCGUAUUCAUAUCCAAAAGCUAGGCGACUUUCUGCAGGGUUAGUUUAAACGUUAGAUGGAAUGCAUAAAACUUGUUGUCUAAAUCAUUUAACUUCGCUAACCUUCGUAUUUCCAGAAACCUUGUAAAAAAUAUAAUUUAUUUCAUGCAUACUUUCGCAAUAUUUAAAAAACGCACCACCUUUUUGUAGUGGUUAAUACAUUGAUUGACCUCUUAAUCUAGGCAAUUUCAUUCCCUCGAAGCCCCUGCUUGCCCUUAUUAAGUUUCUUCUUCUAAUUUCUCAAUCCACGCUCUAAUCGCGAACUAAGAGUCGAUCUCUCCUGCUGUCAGUGUGAAGUAUUAUUUCCUGGUACAUUUUGGUGAAAUUUUCAUCUUAUGCUCGGACAGGAAUCCAGUAGCCUCCUUCUAGGUCAGGAGGGGUAUCUGCAGGAGUCUCAGGGCACUCUUGAAUCGGAGAAAGAAGUCAUAAGCCUGCUGGAGUCGAACGUCACGAUGGCUAUGCAGUACCUCCAGAGCAAAGGGCUCUGCCUCAUGCCCGUCGCCCUUGCUGCCGCCAUCUCCGCCUGGAAAGGCUCCUCCAUUGCCGCCACUCCUCUCGAUCGGAGAAAGACUGAGACGACCACCAACCCGGUGGCCAAGGAUGGUGGAGUGGAGCCCCUGAACAACACCGGGUCUGGCAUCAAGCAAGAAGACGCCGACAACUGCUCUGCUCCUGAUGCAAAGGACUCGAAACCCAGAUCGUGA